AAUGGUGGCAUUGGUACGGCCACUCCUCUCUCUUAGAGACAGAGGGACUGCUAGAGAGAGAUAGUUCGGUGUCUAAAUUCCCUAAAUUUCUAAAAUUAGGUUUCUUUCAUGAACGAGAGCUUUCUCAAACAGAACCCCAAAUAAAUCCCAUUAUCAAACAAAACCAUGGCGGAGCACUUAGCUUCAAUCUUCGGUACCGAGAAAGACCGAGUUAAUUGCCCUUUCUACUUCAAGAUUGGCGCAUGCCGUCACGGCGAUCGCUGCUCUCGCCUCCACAAUCGCCCCACCAUCUCUCCCACUCUCUUAUUAUCCAACACUUACCACCGCCCUGACAUGAUUACUCCCGGUGUCGAUGCUCAAGGCCAGCCACUCGACCCACACAAGAUCCAGGAGCAUUUCGAAGAUUUUUAUGAGGAUAUUUUUGAAGAACUAAGCAAAUUUGGUGAGAUCGAGAACCUUAAUGUUUGUGAUAACCUCGCCGAUCACAUGAUCGGUAACGUUUAUGUUCAGUUCAAGGAGGAGGACCAAGCUGCCGCCGCUUUGCAAUCUCUUCAGGGACGAUUUUACUCUGGUCGUCCUAUUAUCGCCGAUUUUUCUCCAGUCACUGAUUUUCGUGAAGCUACCUGCAGACAGUACGAGGAGAAUAACUGCAAUCGUGGUGGUUAUUGUAAUUUUAUGCAUGUGAAGCUGAUUGGGAAGGAUUUGCGGAGAAAGUUGUUUGGAAGAUAUCGGGGAUACAGGGUUAGUAGGAGUCGGAGUAGGAGUGUGAGUCCGAGGAGGAGGGAUAGAGAUUAUGAUAGGCGUGAGAGGGAUUACAGAGACAGAGACCGUGAUUAUCGUGGAAAUGGGAGGAGGAAUGACAGAGACGGAGGGAGGAAAAGACACGGGAGUCCGAGGAGGAGCAGGAGCCCGGUCAGGGAAGGCAGCGAGGAAAGAAGGGCCAGGAUUGAGCAGUGGAAUAGAGAGAGGGAGGAGAAGCAGUGAUUUGAAGAGGGAGAAAGUUGUCUUGGCUGGUCUAGGAGUGGAGAUGUAUGUUGGCAUUUUUCUCUUAUUGCUUGUAGGUGUAGGGAUUGAUCCUGCCAGCAGAUACAUCAUAUAGGCAGGGUGACCUGGGCCCAAAAGUUGUGCUCUACACGAGUUAGGGUCAGUUCUGGAUCUCUGAAUUGGGCCAGUUGAACACGAAGUUGGUCAGAAAAAGGGCACGGUGUUCAUGUCCAGUUAGGGAAAGGUUGUGAUUGUGAGUCCUGGAACUUGAUGGUGCAGAAGAGGCGAACCAGGAUCGUAAGAGCUCCUGCUGAUUUGCUAGAAUGGUGCGUGAACAGUGAGGGGAGCUUGAUUAUUCUGAAUGAAAAGAAAAGAAAAGAAAAGAACCCUUGAUCCUCGGUUGCUUGCCUUGCAAAUGCUGUAGUGGUGUUGCAGUGGCGAAAUAGUAUCCAUCUUAACAUUUCCUAAGGUUUCCAGUGGCGAAAUGCUUCCCUGUGAACUUUGAUGGUAAGGUGACCAAUAAGCUUUGGGAUAAUUACAUGUUUGAUUUUUUCUUCGCGUUCUCAACUUUAAUAAUUUUUAUAAUACUAGGUUUGCAAUUUAACAA